GUUUUGAUUCAGGGGUUCACUCACAUGACUUAAAUUCCUGGUUGAUUGAAUGAAGAUUUAUGGGGGUUUCUUCCUGUUGUCGUCAGGUGGACCGUGGUGACAGAGAUGAGUGCAAGUCGCAGUGCUGCAGGUGUGACGGUGUUUGAUGGACGCAUCUUUGUAUCAGGCGGCCAUGACGGUUUACAGAUCUUCAACACGGUGGAGUACUACAACCACCACACCAACAGGUGGCACCCUGCAGCAGCGAUGCUGAACAAGCGUUGCCGUCACGGGGCAGCGUCUCUGGGCAGUCACAUGUACGUAGCGGGGGGUUACGACGGGUCAGGCUUCCUGAGCGGGGUGGAGGUGUUUAGCUCGGCGUCGGGGCAAUGGAGCCUCCUGGUGGCGAUGAACACACGGCGCAGCAGGGUGUCUCUGGUGUCCACGUCAGGUCGUCUGUAUGCUGUGGGUGGAUACGAUGGACAGUCCAACCUCAAUUCAGUGGAGAUGUACAACCCAGACACCAACCGCUGGACCUUCAUGGCCCCCAUGGUCUGUCAUGAGGGAGGGGUCGGGGUGGGCUGCAUCCCCCUACAGCCCACCUAAACUGGCCAAUCAGAGGCUGUGGACGGAUGUGUUACUGCCUCCUGCAGGCAGGGAGGCAGCGCCCUCCUGUGGUGUUCAGUGAGCUUUAUUGGUACUACGGUCAUGCUUAGACCUGCAUACUGAGGUCAGAUCUGUAGGAUUAUGGGAAAAAACUGUAGCGCUAGCCUACAAAGGCUACCUGCUAGCAUUGUCCUGGACAUUGUGUAUGGACCAGUAAAUAUUCGUUUUGUACUUGAUUGAAUUGACCAAAGGGAUGUCACUUCCUGUCCAGACAACACAAAGCUGCUGAUGAAAUGGGAUGACUGCUUGGAUCCGUUUUCACUGGACCAUUUAUCACUCAUCUAAUGAAUCAGUUAUGGUCGACAGAGUGACACAUCCCCCUCCUCAACCAACCAUAAAGUCUAAUCUCUGCUGCACCUGCAGAGUGUGUCCUGAUGGUGGCGCUGCAGGAGACAGGUUCACCAGGAUCAUUGUGUGUAAGGUGACUCCUCCUGAUUGAGUUUGACCUGACUCACAUGUUCUCUAUAUGACAUCACUUCCUGCGGAUGGCUCCAGAACUUCUCGUAGAAUCUUGAUGUUUUUAAAUUUCCUUCAGUGUCACAGUCAAUCCAGCUGAUUCCAUUAUGAUGUCAUCAAUCGUAGACUCAAUGAUGAUGUUCUCCUGCUUGUUCUAAUGAGUGAACAUGUUUCUAUGACAACCCCCCCCCCACCUCAUUCACAUAUGGUUAUUUAUUUCAUAAUAAAAAAGUUAAACUCAGUCGAGUUUAAUAAAAACACGUUAAAUGAUCAACACGUGUUUUUAUUUC